UGACAAAUCAGCAAAAUUAUCUUUUAACCCUAUGAAUUUUAAUUUUUUACUUCAGCUAGCAAUAUGGCCGCCAGAGCUGGACGAGUAAUAAUUUCUACAAAGAAAGCCCCAGCUGCGAUUGGGCCUUACAACCAGGCUGUUCAGGUGGACAAUACUCUGUAUGUAUCCGGACAGAUUGGAUUUAUCCCUGAAACUAUGGAGAUUAUACCUGGAGGUGUUGAGGCAGAAGCUAGGCAGGCGCUGGUCAACAUGGGGCAUAUUCUACAGGCUGCAAACUGUACCUUCAAUAGCGUUGUGAAGACGACAGUUCUUCUGGCAGAUAUUGGAGAUUUUACAAAGGUGAAUGAGAUUUAUAAACAAUUCUUUAAAGAAAACUACCCUGCUAGAGCAGCUUAUCAGGCUGCUGCACUACCUAGAGGAGCACUAGUUGAGAUAGAAGCUAUAGCUGUGGUUGGAUUAUGAAUAAAAUAAAAUAAAUGAGGCUUGUCAAGCCAUUUUAUAAACAUGUCAAUAUUUCCUUCAAUAAAUUCUUUUAAAUUCUGA